AUGAAGCCCGGAGCCUUUGUUGCCUACCCUGUCGCUACCAUCUGUCUGAUCCUCGCCUGCUCAGCAGAGUCCCGGCCCUUCGACAGCAUUGUCAAGUCAUUCAACGUCCUCAGCGAACAGUCGCCGCUUCGAGAAUACAUUAUGGCCAAGCCCGAGGGCCAAGUGUCAGCUGGCGUCAUCAUCUCAGAUGUCAUAGGGAAGACACAGAACAUUGCCAUCUUCAGCGGUCUCACGCGGGACAUCGAUGCGGUAUCUGGUCGUCUAGACGAUGCGGCGUCCAAUGCUACGGUGCUGGCGCCAGACAACAGCAUUAUGCGGGACCUGAAGAGGAAGCCAUGGGAAGAUCCCGAGGAUUACAAGUCAUUCGGCGAGAACGCGUAUGGUGGGAGCAGCGGAGAAGAUCGCGCGCGCAAAAACCUUGAGCGCUUCGUACAGAGGCACAUUGUGCCGGAGAGCCCAUGGGAAGAGGGCAAGAAAGUCAAGACUCUUGCUGGCAACGAAAUUUGGUGGGAAAGUAAAGACGGCCAGAAAAAGAUCCAGCCUGGCGAUGUCGAAGUCACGAGCAUAGCUGACAAGGUCGCCAACGGCGAGAUCUGGAUUCUUGGUGGCUCUCUGCAUACAUUACGACCGGAAUCAUCCAACAUGACGUUCGAACCCAGCGAUCUAGCCGUCUGCGAGACGUGCGGAACUCAAUACGAUGUCCCGCUCUCUGAACAUCCAAUUACGUGUCGCGUAUGCGAUGAUCCCCGCCAAUACGUUCCCGCAUCAGGCCAAUCCUGGACCUCGCUCCACAAAGAAAAAGACCUCCAGAAGAACACUUUUGAGACCGACGAGCAUGACUCGCGGAUCCACUAUAUCACCACCAGACCGCUCACACCCGCCGAGCUACCACCAGGCCUCUCAGAUUCAACUACUUCUCGAAAGCAACUCGGUAUAGGCGAGCGCGCAAUCCUACUGCAAACUUCUUCCGGAAACGUGCUCUGGGAUCUCAUCGCGUUCAUCGACCAAGCGACCAUUGACUUCAUUAAUCAGAGAGGCGGAUUGAAAGCCAUAGUGAUUUCGCACCCCCACUUUUACACCACGCAUCUUGAGUGGGCCGAGAUCUUCAACUGCCCUGUGUUCGUAAAUAAGGAUGACUCGGAGUGGCUGAAUCGCGAGGAUAAAGCGGGGUGCAGGAAAUCAGUUCAGGGCGUGACGGAGAUUGGCGAAGUGAACGGGGAGGUCAAGUUCAUUCAAGCCGGGGGCCAUUUCGAUGGGAGUUCGUUCCUGCUGUGGGAGAAGAAGUUGUUCAUUGCUGAUACGAUGAUGAGUGUGCCUUCCGGAUUCAUCAACGCCCACCGCGUCCCAGACACAGUCUCCUUUUCUUUCAUGUGGUCGUACCCUAAUAUGGUGCCGCUGCCUCCCACGAAAGUCCAUGGUAUAUGGAAGGCGCUCAAGCCGUUUGAGUUCGAUAGCACGUACGGAGGAUUUCCGGGCCAGUAUUUGACCAGGCCGGAUCUAAAGGCACAGGUGUUGGAGAGUAUGAAGUUAUUUUUGAAAGGCGCGGGACAUGAGAAGGCAGGCGUUUAUGAGGAGACGCUGUGA